GUCGCGAGCAGCGCCGCGCAUGCGCAGCGUGGUGCGCGGCUGCGGCAGGAGGAGGCGGCAGCGGGCAGUCGCCAUGGCGGAGGGCGAGGGCUUGGUCUCCGUGGACUACGAGGUGUCCGGCAAGGUUCAGGGCGUUUUCUUCCGCAAGUAUACACAGAGGGAAGCCAAGAGGCUGGGACUCGUUGGUUGGGUCCAAAACACCAGCCACGGCACGGUCCAAGGACAAAUUCAGGGUCCGACCGCGAGGGUGCGGGAGCUGCAGGAAUGGCUGAGGAAGGUGGGAAGUCCCCAGUCCUGCAUCAGCCGCGCCGACUUCAGCAACGAGAAGGAGAUCACGGCGCUGGAGCACAAGGAAUUCCAGAUUUUGAAGUGACGUCAUCUGGGGAAGAAGCAAAACCCUCAGCCUGAGCCGCCCUCGACGCGUUUCCCCCACCUUGUUCCUUCGGUCGGACGAUACCCAGCUCUAGAGAACUCCUAGAAACGACGUAUUUUUGUUGCAGAGGUUUAUUUUUGGUUUUGGUGGUCGCCCUUUAGAAUAAAAUUGCUUGGAGCUUC